CCCCAGACGCUUAACCUAAUCAGCCAGACGCAAGACACAAUCCAACUGUAUAUUUCUCGUCAACCACCCGUCUAGAGGUUAAUAUGUCGUUCAUUGAUAUUAACUUUAAACUUUAGUGUUUUUUUUUUCAUUUUUCGUCUGUGUCGUUUAGUUUUGUCGUCGCACAGCGUAGCCAUACCCACCAUCGCGCCACAUAUUAUUUUUGUUCGGUAAGUACCCAACGUAGUUGAUAUAGACGAUUCGGCCAAAUAAAAGCACAUGGUUUUGAUCGAAAACUACUGGAAUCAAAAGUACGUUGAUACUAACCAACCAUAACUUAAUAGUUAGAGUGUAUCAGGUACGUCGUGUCUUCGUACAGUUUCUUCACUACACCAACGAGUUCGGCAACAAAUAAUAUARUAUUCUAAAAUCGUUUUUCGCCGUCGACAUGUUUUUCGCAACAGUAAAAAAGUCUGAAAAGGAAAUCGAAAAGUUAAGCGAAUAUGAACGUCAGAGACUCAAGAACAUAGCGGAAAUAGAACUUCAGUUAGCUGAUCCAUUAGACGUCUUACAACAGUCAGCUAAUGAGUUGAAAUCUUCUAACAUAACUGCCAAACGACGCGCUAAAAGUAAAAAGAGCAAAUUCAAUUCUGAAACAAGUGAAGAAACAUCUAAUCGUGUCAAAUUUGUAAGACGUUCAUCGCGUAUUAUUCAAGAAAAAAGACAAUCAACAAAUUAUAAUGAACAAAGUGAUGAUGAAAAUGACAAAAAAAAACUCAAACAUGGAUCAUUAAAAAUCAAAUUUCGUUGGUUUAAAUCAAGCGAAUAUCAAAAAUCAGAUGAGUUGUACUAUAGCUCACUUGUUGAUAGUGAUUUUAUUCAUGAUGGUGAUGAAGAAUAUGAAUCUGAUUAUGAGUCAUCUGCACCUGGAUCAAAAAGAAAGCGUAAAGCAUAUACACCUCGUUUAGCUGUUUCCCAAGUGACUCAAGAAAUGAUAGAUAAUAUUUCAUACUCAUCAUCAGGAAAAGUAUAUAGUCAAUCUGGUACAACUUGUCACCAAUGCAGACAGAAAACUACAGACCAGAAAUCAUAUUGUCGGUACAAAGGAUGUAGCGGCAUGAGAGGAAAUUUUUGUGGAUUUUGUUUGGGGAGAAGAUAUGGCGAAAAUGUUGCAAAUGUUUUAGUUAACCCGAAAUGGGCUUGUCCACCUUGUCGUGGAUAUUGUAACUGUAGCAUUUGCAGACGUAGAAAAGGAAUGGCUCCAACUGGCCAAUUGGCACAACAGGCUGUGGCAGGGGGUUAUGAGUCUGUCCGACACAUGCUUAACAGCAUAGAGGGUGAGAGUACAGAUUUUAUGAACUUAGAAUUUGAUGAUGAAGAUAAUAACCAGAAUGAAGAAGAUAAUAACCAGAAUGAAGAAGAUAAAAAUAAUGUUGCUGAAGUUUGCUAUAACGAUGAACAAAACAAUCUUGAAAUUCAACAUGAAAAUGACAAUGUGCCAGAUGAAGUUAAAUGCAUUGAUAAUGAUGAGCAAUGUCACUCAAGCAAUAAUGAAGAUGAACAUGUUAUUGAAAUCAAAGAUUCGCAUGAAACGAUUAUUGACAAACUUUAUAAGCAAUUAUUAUCAGAAGAUUAAACAGCUAAAGCAUUGAAACAUUGAAAACGGAAGGUAAUAAAAUAAACAUGAAAUAAUAUUUAUCCUCUUUAAUUUAAAAGUUUUAUUUUCUACAGUAUUAUU